UGUACGGUGAUCGGAUGGCUCGGGGCGCGGUUACCGGACCUGACGUAGGCCUAUGUUCGUUGUGUUAAGAGGGAAUGCACAGGCUAUAUACGUGGACUUGUCGGCCAACCGGCGAAACAAUUACUGCGCAGAUGUGUUGUGUUAUUCGCCAGGUUGCGCUUUGGCUGACGAGAUCAUACGACGGUUGAAAGUGACAUAUUCGUGAAUGAUGUAUCAGUCUGCGGCCGUUGGUGGUUCACCACUGUUUGCAGUUAUGAUUAUGGUAUUGUGGAAAUAGCCGCUGGUUGCUGACCAAGUGGACUGAAUCUAAUACAUGUCGUGCGAUAAGAAAGCGAAAUUAUUGGCUCAAUCACUCAGAGAUAGGCAAUGAGCACAGAACAACAGGCUAUAUACAAGGCGGGCAUUACUCCGGGCAUCGGUCUUAUUUCAGGUCCAGAGGGUCAGGCAGCCCGUCGGGAAGCGCUUGAGAAGGAUGAAGAUGUCUCCUACAGAGUCGUCAUUAAUAUUGUGGGCAAGGAAAGACAAGGGAAAACUAGUUUACGAAGACUCCUCACUUAUGAGCCAUUUAACAUUCACGAGGAGAGUACCGUGGGGAUCGAACACGAAAUGGUGGACACGAAGGGUGUCACCGAAUCGUGGGCGUCAGUUAGUAUCAAGGACACGAAUCUGAACGAGUACAACCUAGUGCUAGGCCAAUGCGUGCGUCAAAGACUGACUGGAAACCCAAAGGGCUCCGGUUCCUUCUAUCUCACCCAUGUGAUACUGUUCCUGAAAAUUGCAGGUGUUUCCUACCUGACACUGUGGCUUUAUUUUACGUUACUAUAUUCUGACGCCCUCACUGCGACACCUUGGAUAGCAGGGUUGCUUGUCAUGACCUUCAGCGUUUCAGCAAUGACAUUCGACGUCAAAGAUGGACUAGGUAUAGCUGUUGGCAUAGUAGCUUUAAUACUGCACUGUGACGCUCUGCAGAGAUGGAAACCAACGCUGGACUCGUAUUUCAAAUCCUCGCACGAUUCAACGAUGAUGUUCGUUCCUUACCUUCAAGCGUACAUAGUUUACUGUGUGUUAGAUUUGCCACUAGCAUUACCUCUUGGAGCUUCCCUCGGGAAAGGAUUACUGUUUGUGUUGUGUUUAUCCAGACCGCCUCCACCAAAGGAAUCUUCCAAUCUGAGUGGACUGUACAACCCACAUAUACAUAUUUUUGCCAUUUUUACUUUGGUGGGGAUCGCAACCUACAACUUCAGGCGGUUCAAAUACUUCGUCCUACUUCCUUCCACUGCUGUUUUAGUAACUCUCCUUCCUCAGGAAUACUUGUGCACUGUGUUUAGUGGCCUGGGCUGUGGUCAGAGCCAUAUGCUUUUUCUACGAACAGGCCAAAACUGUUACCUGGCUGUCAAUACCUGGCUCAAACGAUUUCUUCCGUGUAGAUGGCAGAGGCGUCUCUUGGUUGACAUCGUAGGUAUUUUUCCAGGUGUGUUAGCAAUGAUGGUAUUCGGUUGGGAUUUGUGCUACUACUUUUCUCUUAGUCAUUUAUUCAGCGGCCUAUUCUUUGUGGCUUCGAUACAUUUUAUCAACAAAAUGCUGGCCAAAUCCAGCGGUGAAAGUUCCAGUACGAAAUCUAACAAGGCUAGUGACAUACUAGUGACAAGAUUGCAGAUGCCAUGCGUGAAGUUGAUAAUAAAGGACUUUGCGGGUCAUCCCCUAUAUCACUGCACUCACCAUAUCUAUAUGGGCGGGCACGCUGUGUACUUAUGCGUCUUCAGCCUGCUUGAUGCAAAAGCCGAUUACAAAGCAGUAUUAAGCCAGCUUAUUGGCUGGAUACAAUCCAUCUAUACCCAUGCACACUUUGCAGAGGUGCCUGUAUUACUGGUGGGCACACACAGAGAUAGCAAAAGACUUGCACUCGAGGAUCGCCAUGUCAUCGGGAAACAACUCCGCGAAGAUAUCCCACAUGUGUUCCACAAAAUGCUUGUCUGGAAUAAGAACGACGUUCCGCUCUUCGCCGUGGAGAACUCCCUACGCGACGAAACGGACGCUGAUCAUAAGGUCUUACGAGAAACUCUUAUAGACAUCGCUAAAAAUGCGUCUUUCAGGAAGAAAAAGUGGCCCGUCAGAUACUUGGCAUUUUAUGAUGUGAUAGAAAGUUUCAGAAAUCAAGGAGAUGUCAUUCAAGAUAUCUCCGCUGUAUUUGAUAAAACCAAAAAGUCCGAAUGCGAAGUGCACACUCUUUCGGAUUUGGAAGAUCUCUUGCUUUACUUUAGUUCUGUCGGCGAGAUCAUGUAUAACGUGAAAGACAAUCGCUUGAAAGAUCUCGUGGUGUUUGAUCCCAGGGUGAUUGUUCAGAUCAUGGGAGCCAUAGUAACAAUUCCACAAAGACACCAAAGAUCCAGGGAAGUGUUCAACGACUGGACCAGACUCGCGGAAUCAGGGGUAAGCUCAGAGAAGCUCUUCAGUCAUGUCCUCAAGGAAGUAGCGCCAAACAUUUACAACACCAUUGGACCCAGAAAAAUAGCUUUAUUAUUUGAAAAAUACGAUCUUUUGUGCAAAGUAAGUCUACCACCCCGCGUUCAGAGACUACUGCCAGGAGAGCAUUAUCUGAUCCCCGCCUGUUUGACCUUCAGUCCAAGGCUUGCGCAAACUGUUUGGCAAACGCAGGAAGACGAUGAUGUGUUUUACGCGGACUUUGGUCUGCAAAACGUAUCCCCUAUCUAUCUGAGACUGGUCUGUCAGUGUAGCGCCAACCACGACGUCAGUGUUACUACCGACGGCAUGGAACUAUUUAACAUUGAUCAACAUUGUGCACUCUUUAAUUUUGGAGAAACGCACAGUUAUAAACUUGAAUUAUGCAAAGGUUACGUGGAAUCCAGCGGUUGUCGGGAGCUUCUCAGGAUUACAGUCCGAUCAUGGUCUCAUGUCGGCUGUUUGCCACUGAUUAAAGAACUUAACUCCAGGCUGAUGACUAUAGUACACUCAAAUUUUGACAAAUGCUGUUACAGUUUACGAGUGCAGUGUCCAUGUGAGGCGCCACAUAACUUGUCAGAAGGAAAGAAACCCGCCCUUCUACGUCUGACCUGCAGUGUCUCAAAAGAUUCAGAGCUAUUUCCUGAUCGGAAGGAAUUUGUGUGCUGCGGAAGGAAAGUGGUUGUCGAGUCUGGAAAGGUACGAAUUGACCGACCAGGCCGUAAAAGGUACACAAAUGUGAGUAAUCUUGAGGAACUUGACCUACAAACCAACGUCCUUGAUCUUCAAGAGAAUGUGUACAGGCAUCUGUGUUCUUCUCUGAACAGAGAACUCGUUCUCGCCAACGACUGGAAAGGGUUAGCUGGAGCUUUGGGUUUCUCUCACCGUGAAGUAGAACUGAUGUCGGACAAACCAGACCCAUGUAAUGAGCUGUUCAAGGAGUGGUCAGCGUCAGGAUCCGCUACCCUCGCUACACUGAUAAGGAAGUUAGAGGAAAUCCAGAGACAAGAUCUAGUCACUUAUUUACAGGACAGGAAAUUGCUCAGGUCAUGAGAUCGACACUGGGAAUAGCCCCUUUGUCGCGACGGCCUAGGGCUUACCAAGGCCAGUGUUCUGUAUUAGUCGCAACAUGCGCUUGGUACUACCUCCAUUUUAACGUCCAUGGUAACUACAUUGAAGAGAUAGGUCCCCAUGAUAAAUGGGCUUGGCGUAGCCUUGCGACAACUUUAUAAGACGGGUUCGAGAUCUCAUGGUCCGAGAUCUGUAAAAUGGUCAAGUGGACAUAUACAAAGGAAAGACGUUUCAUUCGGCAGCUGUUUAUUCCCAUUGAUUCUUCAUUUUUAUGUAUUAUUGCUAUACUAAUAUUUUGACUGUAGACUUGUUAAGUCAAGCUAAUAGACUCUCACUGGACAUUCAGUCUAUACGGUCUCAUUUAGAACCACAUUGAAUGCUAUUUAACCUUUCACCCGUUGUAAACCUAUGGCUUUAGGUCAGGAGGUUUGUCAGACACCUGACGAGGUGCGGUGAUGUACUCAAAUGUCUACCCGGUGUACAGUAAUCGAUUUACAGCUGUCUUACAGGUAAAAUAUUCUUUGGCAAAUAACAAGUGAAAUACCGGGUAUAUAAAUAUAUGAUGAUACCACUUUCACCAAACUUGAAUUUUCAAGUUCAUGUAAGUAUUUAAAACCAUUAGUCUUUAAACAGUCAUAAAACUCAUUAUGAAAUACAUGUUUAUCAGAAAUAUUCUUGUAGCCUCUUCGAAACUCCAAUGUUUUGAAACUCUAAUAUGGUAUAUUCUAGUAGAAAUAACAUCGUCCUUCUGACAAGGUGCCGAGAAAACGGUCUGUGGGUAAAACAC